AAUAGAACGUGGCUUAGAAGAGAUGAAAGACACAGCGAGUAAGAAAUACGAAAAACUUUUCGAAGAUAAUGAACUUGAUGCUGCCACCGCAGCUACUGACAAGGAACGCAACGAAAAUGUACCGGUGAAAGAGGGGAAAGAUCAAACAUCAGAAAUGUGGUUAACAACAGCUGAAGCAGCCAGCCUUGGCGCUGAGGAAGUAGCAGCUAGAUUACAUGUUGAUAUAAGAACAGGUCUUUGGUGGCAGGAGGCUGAUCAUCGAAGACAAUUAGUCGGCUUCAAUGAGUUCAGAGUUAAAGAGGAGGAACCAACAUGGAAAAAGUAUCUUGAACAGUUUAAAAAUCCUUUAAUUCUGUUACUUCUUGGUUCUGCCUUCGUCAGUGUAUGUAUGAGGCAAUUUGAUGAUGCAGUCAGUAUUACAGUGGCUAUCAUAAUAGUGGUGACAGUUGCUUUUGUACAAGAAUAUCGUUCUGAAAAAUCCUUAGAAGAAUUAAAUAAACUGGUGCCACCAACUUGUCACUGCUUAAGAGAAGGCUGCGUAGAAACAUUUCUCGCUCGCAAUUUAGUUCCUGGUGAUGUAGUUUACUUAAAUAUUGGUGAUAGAGUACCUGCAGAUAUCAGGAUAUUUGAAGCAAUAGAUUUAGCAAUUGAUGAGAGUAGUUUUACUGGAGAAACUGAACCAGCACAAAAAUCAACAGCCCCAUUACUUAAAACUAAUGGAUUAACAACAAAGAGAAAUAUUGCGUUUAUGGGUACAUUAGUGCGUUGUGGCAAUGGAAAAGGUAUAGUAGUGAAUACAGGAGAAAAGAGUGAAUUUGGAGAAGUUUUCUCAAUGAUGCAGGCCGAAGAAGCUCCAAAAACACCACUUCAAAGAAGUAUGGAUAUUUUGGGUACUCAAUUAUCCUUUUACUCAUUCUGCAUUAUUGGUAUUAUCAUGCUUCUUGGCUGGAUCCAAGGCAAAGCUAUACUCGAAAUGUUUACCAUCAGUGUGAGUUUAGCAGUAGCAGCUAUACCAGAAGGUUUGCCUAUUGUUGUAACUGUGACCUUAGCAUUGGGUGUUAUGAGGAUGGCUAAAAGAAAAGCCAUUGUGAAGAAAUUACCAACAGUGGAAACAUUGGGUUGUGUAAACGUGAUAUGUUCUGAUAAAACUGGUACUAUUACGAAGAAUGAAAUGACUGUAACCAUUCUGAUGACAUCAGAAGGAUAUAUAGCCGACGUUACUGGAGCUGGUUAUAAUGAUAAAGGAGAAGUACGAAUUCGAAAAUGUGACAACAUGGAUCUUGCACGUACCGCUAUCAGCAACAUGUUGGAAGUAGGAUGUGUUUGCAACAAUGCUAUACUGCAAAAUGAUACUUUACUUGGUCAACCAACGGAAGGUGCGUUGAUAGCGGUGGCAAUGAAAUACGGAAUGUACGGAGUUGCUGAUAGAUAUCUACGAUUACAAGAAUAUCCAUUUUCAUCCGAACAGAAAAUGAUGGCUGUAAAAUGUACUCCCAAAUACGGAGAGAAUAAGCAAGAAAUAUAUUUUGUAAAAGGUGCUUUGGAUAAGAUUUUACCGUUAUGUACCAAGUACUCUAUCAAUGGUCAAGUACAUUCUUUGAAUCAAAAGAAAGACGAAGAAUUUUUAACAGAAGCUUAUGAUAUUGGGCAACAAGGAUUAAGAGUAAUUGGAUUGGCACGUGGUACAUCGUUGCAAGAUCUAAUGUAUGUUGGUCUCGUUGGUAUAUGCGAUCCUCCACGACCACACGUUCGUGAAUCUAUAACGACUCUUAUAAACAGUGGUGUUAAGGUAAAAAUGGUUACUGGCGAUGCCAAAGAAACUGCAUCCGCAAUAGCAAGUAUGAUUGGGUUAGAUGUACUUCAUUCGCGACUAAUCUCUGGAGAUGAGAUUGAUUUAAUGUCCGAACACCAGCUAGAGCAAUGUAUCAAUAGCGUUAGUGUAUUUUACCGGGUUACGCCUAAGCACAAAUUGUGUAUCGUAAAAGCCUUGCAGAGGGAAGGAAAUAUAGUGGGCAUGACAGGAGAUGGUGUAAAUGAUGGAGUUGCUUUGAAAAAAGCAGACAUAGGCAUAGCCAUGGGUAAAAAUGGUACCGAUGUUUGUAAAGAAGCUGCGGACAUGAUUUUGGUGGAUGACGAUUUUGAAACUAUUAUUGCUGCAAUUGAGGAAGGAAAAGGAAUUUUUCAUAAUAUACGAAAUUUUGUAAGAUUUCAAUUAAGUACUAGCAUAGCUGCUCUAUCUUUAAUCGCACUUGCCACUUUGAUGGGUAUACCAAAUCCGUUAAAUGCAAUGCAAAUUCUAUGGAUUAAUAUUAUUAUGGAUGGACCACCUGCUCAAAGUCUUGGCGUUGAACCAGUUGACAAGGAUGUCUUAAAACAAAAACCACGCAACACGAAAGAACCAAUGAUCACUCGACAGCUUAUUAUUAAUGUGUUGUUAUCGGCUACUAUUAUUAUUAUUGGUACUUUGUGGGUUUAUAAUAACGAGAUGACGACUGAUGGUAACACUGCAAGGGAUACAACCAUGACAUUUACAUGUUUCGUUUUCUUCGAUAUGUUUAAUGCUCUAAGCUGUAGAUCACAGACCAAAUCAAUAUUUACUAUUGGUUUAUUUAGUAACAAAAUGUUCCUGGUAGCCGUAACAUUAUCAGUAAUAGGACAGAUGCUAGUGAUCUACUUUCCACCGCUACAACGAGUUUUCCAAACCGAAGCUCUUUCGGCAGCAGAUAUCUUGGUUCUUGUUGGAAUCACGUCAAGCGUUUUCAUAAUUAGCGAGAUAAAGAAAUUAAUAGAAAGGCAGCUGUAUAACCUACGAGCAGGUACACGAUAUCAUAAUAAAUCCGAAAUGGAUUUUGUAUGACAGUUACAGUCUGCCGAAGAUAAGGCGGACAAGGAUCAUUUGGAAUAAAAUACCCAAUACACAUCGUACGGGUAGUAGUCAUUCGUUUAUCAAUAAUAUCUCGCUAUACACUCGACUAUGCUUGCACAUUUGUAAACUUGUAUGUGCACUUGUCACGGAACGAACAUUUUCUGCGUCUAACUAAACGCUUUUAACUAAGAUUUAAAACGACUGCGUUUUUUAACCUUUACAAGUUUUUCUGUCUUUCUGAUGUACGAUACCCGAUUUCUAGGCGCUAGAAUCUAACCGUUUUUCGUCUUCACGGUGAUUAUAUUGGACACGUCAUAGAUUCUAGAAAUGCUAUGCACAUUCCACAAAUUUUUCAUAGACGAUCAAUUUUAAUGAUAUUACUCGUAAUUGUAUUUGUAGUAACUUCUGCAUCGAUUUAUCAUAAUAUUCUAAUGUCUAACACAUUUUUUCAUUCAUCUGACUAACGAAGUAAUUUGUCUUUUGAGAUAAAUACAUAGACUCGUUUCUACUUUCGAGAAGUCGUAUUGUCGAACAAAAAGAUUCAUAAUCCGCGGCGAAGAAACAUAAUGUUUACAUGUUUACAACGUAAUUAAGCAUAUCGAUUGAUUGCAUUUAAAAAUACAAUUGGUUAUGAUUGGGAGAAUAAAUGAUCUUGUAAUGUUCCUUAA